ACUGAAGCGCAGUCCCGCAGUAGUACGAGGGGUGCGUUAGAUUAUUGCUCAGCUAAAUGGCGGAUGAGGACAAGGAGCUGUAAAUCGAACAAUAACACCUCACAACUCCGAUAAAGCUUCUUAAUCGCUUUGCUUCGCCGAUGCAAAACCCACAGUCGCAGGGUGCAGUCAGUCAUAUGUGACCAUAGCAACCCGUUAAUUUAUUGCAGGCACGACCGAUCGCGGAUUUUCGCCGAGGAAGACGCUCUCUUCAUGGUGGUAGUGAUAUGGGGGACUCGUUAGGUCUGAUCGGGAAGCGCCUGCUACUGCUGCUCAAUGACGGCGGCUCCGCGGCGACAACGGGCGGUGAGGUGGAGCGGGCGGCCUGGCUCCGCGGCAUCGUGCGGGCGGUCAGUUUGAUCGGGUUGGCGAGCCCCGGGGUGGAGGUGUUUCUGGAGUUUGAGGACUGCCCUUGGAGGCGGCGCUCCUGGGUGCAGGUGUACGGGGACGAGGUGCGUGCGGUUCUCAUGGAGAGCGACAUUGUCUGGGCAAACUGCAGCGACCCUUCCCUCGCGGCUGCUGCUGCGGGAGCGACCAGUAACCAAUGGCCUGCCCUGAUGUUCAAACCUGUGGUUGAUCGUGUUGGUUUGGGAUCCACGAUUCCUGUCGAGUUCUUCGGGACAAGAACUUUGGGGUUUCUGCCCAACGGCAAUUCACUGCACACUUUUGAGGCUGAUAAAGAUAUUAGGCAUGCACUGCUACAGGAGCAGCCAUCACUUCAAGCUACCAUCAGCAGCUGGCAAAGUGACUCGGAGUUGCAGGAGAUCCUGCGGAAAGGAUCAUACACCAUUCAGGGUCGGAGGGUGCAGGUGUACCAGCCAGAGUUUGAUGAGCCCUGGGCCUUUGGACUUGUCUCUCAGCAUGAUCCUGUUUCACAUAUUAUGGAGAUUACCAUGGACCAGGGUGAGGAGACACAGGUGGUCGAUCCUCGGGUUAUUCAUGUAAUGCUUGCUGUGGAACAGUUAGAUGAGAGCCAAGAUCGUCGCAGGAAGGAGGGUGAUGGUGGGAAAGGUGAGGGCAGUCGACGUCGCCGAACAGAAUCCGAAGGCGAUGAAGAUGUCACUCUCAAGCGUUUCAAGGGAGCUGGGGAAGGUGCCUCUGACAGCCAGAAUGGGAAUGGCUCCAGCAAGGAUGCUGAGGCUAUGGUAACAAGCGUAGAGACUGUGGGAGUGGGAGUAGUGGAGGGAAAAGACGCUGGGGUUGGAGUAGGUGGGAGGGUGACCAGCACCUGUAGUCCAGUGGCAAGCCAAGGUUCCUCUAACGACAGCACUUCCUCUCAGCAGGACCACAUAAGGACUGCAGGUCCCGUCAAGGAGAACGGCAGCAUCCCAAACCAAGAACGGACAGUAUCUGCAGUAUCGUCUGUGCUACCUUCAUCCACUCCAACACCACCUCCUUUGAAACCAGCCCCUUCGCCUUUUUCUAACACUUUUCCUUCUUUGGGCCAAAUGCCCAGUUUGGUGCCCGGGGCUCCCGCCCCAAAAACAUCCCCUUCACUCCCAGCACCUGAGAGGGAGGACAGUGUUCUUUUAGGGUAUCCUAAAACAGCUGCUCUGGUGUCUCCAGGUCCUGUGACCAUCUCUUCACCUUCCCAGGACAAUGCUUCGAGUGUGGCUCUUUCAGCUCCUGUAGAUGCAAACCAGAAGUCCAUGUGGGGAUCAACACCAGAGGCGAGUCAGACGCCCAAGUCCGCCUCACUAGCUUCUACAGGAUUUGAGAUCCCUGCACAGACAAAUGGCUCUUCCCAGGAGGACAAGCCUUUUGGGUUUUUUGCCGGUGCAAAAGAACCGCAAAGACGCGAUUCCGAUUCCUCACAGAACCUGUUCUUCCAGUGCAUGACUCAGAACCCGAGCAUCACUCCGGGCCAGUCCAAAGCCUUCACACCGUUGUCCGAGUGCCUAGCCAAGGAACCGCCCACUCUGUUUAAGGCUAACGCUCCAUCUGAGGGCUUCAAAAAAGCAGUUGUGGCAUCCGCGUCAGCUGGACUGUUUGGCUCAUCUUCCGCUACUAGCCUGUCACCACUGAAAGAGCCGUCUAAAGUGCCUGAUAUCAAACCAGCAGGCAAUGGAAUUCUUGCAAACAAGCCUUUCGGAGCGGUGGGGGAGAAACUCCCAGCCUCUUUCUCAACAGCCAUAGGUGGCGGCCAGGCUGUAAGUUCCGCAGAGGUCCUGAAAUCCUCUUUGGGCUUAGGAUCCAGCGGAACUGGGAACAGUGGGAUAAAAAAUGUAAAUAGUUCUAGUCCUGUCACAGGUUUUGGUUUGCUUGCUGGCAACAAGGGUUCAGAAACUCAUGAGAACCUGUUCCUACAGGCCUCAAAAGAAACAAACCCAUUUCUGGCUUACGGAGGAGCUGUUUCGCACAGUCCGUUUAACACGUUGUCAACUUCGAAGUCAUCACCUACCCCGUCCACAUCUGCUGUUCCACCUUCAGGCAGCACUAGUCUACUCGCUCAAAAUCCUGUUAAUGACGGCAAAUCUAAUUUAUUUACAAUGGCAGAACCUCCCAAGGGAAUCUUAACCCCCCAGGUAGCACCUUCCUCUCUUAAGACGGGGGCCCAGGAUGGGCAACAGACAUCCAAACCAAAAGAGGGUUCGGAGGUUAGCGCGGGAAACCAUGGCAGCGCUGAAGGUCAAGGUGUGUCUACAUCUGACCAGACAUCACAGAAGUUUGGCCUGGAGGAACGCGGGCAGUCAACGAAAAGAGACUCUGAGUCCAGUAGCAACAGCGACCUGUCUGACUUGAGUGAGGCAGAGGAUAAUUCGGCUCAAAGCCAGAAGACUGGGGUUCAUUUAGCAGCUGAGGGGAAGAGUAAGACCCAGCCUGCAGCUAAAAGUCGUCCGCGGAGUAAACCUAUCAAAGUGGGACAGUCGGUGUUGAAGGAUCAGAGUAAGGUCCGGCGUUUGAAGCAGUCUGGCGAGUCCUUCCUGCAGGAUGGUUCCUGCAUUAACGUGGCGCCUCACCUGCACAAAUGUCGCGAGUGCCGGCUUGAGCGUUACAGGAAAUCACGUGAACAGGAUUCGGAUGAUGACGAUCCAAACGUGGCCUGCCGCUUCUUCCACUUUCGCAGACUGGCUUUUACUAAAAAGGGAGUCUUGCGUGUGGAAGGUUUUCUGAGCCCUCAGCAGAGUGAUGGCAUGGCAAUGGGCCUGUGGCUUCCUUCCACCACAGCAAAGGAGGGACUUGACCUGGACACCUCCAAAUACAUUUUGGCCAAUGUCGGUGACCAGUUUUGCCAGCUGGUUAUGUCCGAGAAAGAGGCCAUGAUGAUGGUAGAACCACAUCAAAAAGUUGCAUGGAAGCGAGCUGUCAGGGGUGUGAGAGAAAUGUGUGAUGUAUGUGAAACAACACUCUUCAACAUCCACUGGGUGUGUCGCAAAUGUGGCUUCGGUGUUUGUCUCGACUGUUAUCGACUACGCAAGAACAGGCCACCUGAAGUAGACGAUGGCCCUGAUGAAGAUGUGUUUUCAUGGCUCAAAUGCGCGAAAGGCCAGCCUCACGAACCACAGAACCUCAUGCCAACUCAAAUUAUACCAGGCACAGCCUUGUACAGCAUAGGUGACAUGGUACAUGCAGCCAGAGGAAAAUGGGGGAUCAAAGCUAACUGUCCCUGUACUAGUCGACAUAGCAAGCCUUUGGUGCGGCCGAGUGCCCCAAAUGGCCUUUCACAGUCGGGUGCAGCUCUCGGUACAGGGAAUGGAGCCACCUCCACCCUAACCACACCCCGUCCGAACGGGGAAUCUGCGACAGGUGUGGUGGUUAAAACGGAAUCGAUUGAAGAGGGGGUUACUACAGACUCAACAUCAAGCACUACUGCCGCAAACAGCAACACAACUAUUCCUCUUCCUGCACAGACACUAGGCACAAAAGACAGCAAAGGAAAUUGCUCAGCCCUUCACUGGCUGGCUGAUCUGGCCACGCAGAAGGAGCCCAAAGAGUCUCUGCGCUCCAUGAUGGGUCGUGACUCGCGCGCUCCGUUCGGUCUGGAUGCCUUCAGCACUCUCUCCAAACCCUCUGGAUCCACCCCUAAGCUUUUCAAUAGUCUGUUGCUGGGCUCCGGCCCUUCCCAACCCAAAACAGAAGGUAGCCUCAGAGAUCUGCUUAACUCUGGUCCUGGGAAGCUUCCACAAGGUUCCACAGAGGGUGGAGUCCCAUUCCCUUCAGUAUUCUCCACAGCAAGUGCUGAUAAAAUGAAGGGAGGCCUUCCAAACUUCUUGGAUCAUAUCAUUGCGUCGGUGGUUGAGACAAAGAAGGCGGAGGGUCGGCGCGCAUCGGGGUCUACAGAAAGCGGAGAGUCUGGCAGUGUUCCACGCAGAGAGGGCUUGAUGGGUUUGAGCGUUUUAGACUCCCACACAUCCCACUCGUGGCUGUGUGACGGACGCCUGCUGUGCCUGCAGGACCCUAGCAACGGUAACAAUUGGAAGAUCUUCAGAGAGUGCUGGAAACAAGGACAGCCUGUGCUGGUCUCAGGCAUACACAAGAAGCUGAAGAGUAACUUGUGGAAGCCCGAGGCCUUCAGUAAGGAGUUUGGAGACCAGGAUGUUGACCUGGUCAACUGUAGGAACUGCGCCAUCAUAUCUGAUGUCAAAGUCAGAGAGUUCUGGGAUGGCUUCCAGGUUAUUUCCAAGCGAUUACAAGGUGGAGACGGUCAGCCUAUGGUACUAAAACUUAAAGAUUGGCCUCCUGGAGAAGAUUUCAGAGACAUGAUGCCCACUAGGUUCGAUGAUCUCAUGGACAAUCUUCCUCUACCAGAGUACACAAAAAGAGAUGGACGUCUUAACUUGGCCUCUCGUCUUCCUAACUUCUUUGUUCGUCCAGAUCUCGGCCCUAAAAUGUAUAAUGCAUAUGGGCUGAUUUCCACAGAAGAUAGGAAGGUUGGCACCACUAACCUGCAUCUUGAUGUAUCCGAUGCAGUCAACGUCAUGGUUUACGUUGGCAUCCCAGAGGGAGAUGACAACUAUGAAAAUGAAGCAGACCUCGCUGGAUUCAAAGAGGUGAUGCAGACCAUAGAAGAAGGUGAUGUCGAUGAUAUGACUAAGAGAAGAGUUUAUGAAAUGAAAGAAAAACCUGGUGCUCUCUGGCACAUCUACGCCGCCAAAGAUGCUGAAAAAAUCCGUGAGCUCCUUCGAAAGGUUGGGGAGGAGCAGGGUCAAGAGAACCCACCAGACCACGACCCGAUCCAUGACCAGAGCUGGUAUCUGGACCAGGCGCUACGUCGCAGGCUGUACGAGGACUAUGGGGUCCAGGGUUGGUCCAUUGUUCAGUUUUUGGGAGAUGCUGUUUUCAUUCCAGCUGGAGCACCACAUCAGGUGCACAACCUGUACAGCUGUAUUAAGGUUGCGGAGGACUUUGUGUCUCCUGAACACGUGAAGCACUGUUUCAGACUGACGCAAGAGUUCCGCCACCUUUCCACCACUCACACAAACCAUGAAGACAAGCUUCAGGUGAAGAACAUCAUCUACCAUGCCGUGAAGGAUGCUGUGGGAACGCUAAAAGCCCACGAGUCCAAGCUAUGCCGCUCUUAAAUGCUGAACUGAUGAUGGAGAGUUUACGUCUUGGUUGGAAAGGCCAGCGAGCUCAAACAAGCUGUUUAUAACGGAACGUAUAUGCGUUUUGCUAGGAUGAAGAUGCUGCUUCAUCAGUGUUACGAAAUCGUUGUUUAGUUUUUCAAUCGUUUUCUCUGUAUUUAAAAAGUCUUUUCUUUUCUAAGCCUUUAAAGUUUGUUGGACUGUGCAGAGAGCGGAUAUUAACUGACAUGCAUCUUUUAAAAAGGUUUCUUCAUGACUUCUGUGAAAAGUGAGCACUGGGUUUCAUAAAGUACAUACAUUUUUGUGCUGUUCAAUGAAUGAGAGCUUUUAGUUAGGGGUAAACAGACAUCAAAUUAAAAGAUUCCAUCCACCUUUUCUGAGCAAGGUGGACAGGAGCAUGGAAGGGAACUAGACCAAAGUUUUGUAUUUUUAGUUUUUUCUCACGAUGAGAAAAUUGUUCUUAUUUGCAUUUUUGUAAUACGCCAUUAGUUGCUAUUUCUCUGACAACAAGCGUUAGACUGGCUUUGAGGAAUGAUCAUUAAAUAAUCAACAAUUCCAGUUAGGCAGAAAUACUGGUCAUUCAUAUGUACCGAUAUAUAUAUUGAUCUUCGCAGUGUGUAUUACUUUUUUCCCAAAAUAAAGGUUUACAAAAAAGGAAUUGGCCCUAUUAUUUAGACACAAUUUCUCAGAAAGCUGUUUGUUUAAUGCUUAUUUGAUAUCGUUAGCCAUUUUGUGGAUUUAUGGAUGAUGACACUGCAAUAAACUAAAGCUUUCGAAAUAUA